AGGACGCGUGCAACCUCGCGCACCGGCUUCGUUGCCAGAUCAUCGCCUCUCCGUUCUACAAAAGCCUGCUGUACGCCUCCACCAAGGUGGCCGGCAACGUGCAGACGGUUGUGGAAAAGAUUUGCAAGUACGUGGACCACGUCGAGCCGCACUCCCUGGGCUCGUCCACGGAGGCCUCCGCGAUGUUCUGCUGCGUCUUCCGGCUGCUGCAGAUGCAGGCCCCGGUGCAGGUGCGCCGGCUGCUGGACUCGAAGGAGUCCCCCUACGUCCGCGCGGCAGGCUUUCUGGCCAUGCGGUUCUCCUCCAAGGCGCACAAAAUGUGGGAGGUGUUCCAGCUAUACUUGUUUGACCAGGAGGACGUCGUCUCGUUGGUAUUGUGGACUUCGCGUGCACGCACAAGAAGCAACAGCAAGUCUUCGACUUCAACGACAAUUGGCACAUGGCUUAAGCAGUACUUGUUGAAUGAAGACAGAUACUUCACCACAAUACUCCCCCGGCUUCCGCUCACUUUGAAGUACGAGAUCGGGUCCCGCUUGUUGCAGAUUACUGAGCUGUCUCUGGGUGUCGAGUAUCAACGGAACUUGGAGCACAUCGACUUGUUCAGCAAGCCAGGCACACAGGUGGAGUUCCUCGACACAGAGGCUUGGGAGGAGGCUACGGUGGUCGCCCUCAACGCCUCCUCUGAACAUUGUUGCAGGUGCGUCGUGGGCCUCGAGGGCGGCAGGACGCUGGAGGUGCCGCUCGGCUUUGUGCGGCUGCCGCCCCCGCCGGGGGGGCCCGG